AUGGGCUUUUUAAAUGGUGAGCAAAAUAGAAAAUGGACUGAGGAUCCAGAGAAUAUGCCUUCUGAGGAACCCAUGAUGGUGAACCAAAACUUUGCCAUAGUUAACCCAAAAAACUUCCCAGAGCGUCUUACCAGUUUCUAUGAGGAACCUGAUAGAAAUAGACGUCCAGUCGAAUGGAACCUCUUGGAAACACUAUCAACGCAAUUCACCCUUCCCUGGGCAGUUGUUGGAGACUUCAACGACAUCCUCAGUGCCAAGGAAAAGAUAGGAGGUAACCCUCAACCGAAUUGGCUCAUUGAUGGAUUCAAGACUGCGGUCGAACGAAGCGAGCUCACUGAGCUUGACAGGGUGCUUGUCUUAGAUAGCUGGAGGGAUAGAUUUCAAGGGGCGUGUGCUUGUUCUAUCAUUACCUCGCGAAGUGACCACCUUCCUAUUUUAAUCAAGGUUGUCCCGAAACUAGUAACUUCCAGUGUGUUCAGAAUUUCCAUGUUUGAGAAUCUUUGGCUGAAGGAGUCCCAGUGCCGUGAGGUAGUUAUUCAGAGUUGGAACCGCUCGAGAGGCGACAAUAUUCAUCAUUGUUUUGGCAGAUGCAGUGAGGAUAUUCGGAGGUGGGGGAAGCACCUAAGAGUUAUAGAACAUCAAAAUGAUUACUGGAAGCAAUGUGCUAAGGAGUUCUGGCUCAAGGAUGGUGACAAAAACACUACUUUCUUUCACAACUCAGUUCGGAGGAGGCGGAACAACAACCAGAUCGAUAGGCUCAGAGAUGAGGAGGGCUCUUGGGUGGAGAAAGGUAUUGACCUCAAUAAUCUGAUGCUCAAUUAUUUUCAAAACUUAUUUACUGAGGUUCCUGGUGAUUUGAGUUAUGCUCUUAAUUGUCUAGAAAACAAACUUUCUCACACUCAGAAUGAAGCCAUCAUGAGAAAAUUUACAAAUGAGGAAUUAAAAUAUGCUGUUUUUUAUAUGAAACCAGAUAAAUCUCCGGGUCCGGAUGGGAUCCCCCUGGGAUUUUUUCAAUUCUUUUGGGAUAUUGUGGGAGGUGAUGUGGUGAAUUAUUGUGAGGAAUUUAGAGUUUCUAAGACCCUGUCUCUUGAUAGUAAUGCAACUCAUAUUGUUCUGAUCCCAAAAAUCUCUAAUCCUACCAGUAUGACUGAUUUGAGACCUAUUGCACUUUGCAAUAGUCUCUACAAAAUCCUGGCCAAAGCAUUAGCCAACCGAAUUAAACCGUUCCUCCAUACACUUAUCUCUGAAUCACAAUCAGCCUUUGUCCCAGGAAGGUUAAUUACAGAUAACCUCCUUAUUGCUUUUGAAGCUCAUCAUUUCAUGAGAAGGAAAACCCAAGGGAAGUCUGGGUCAGUCAAUUACUCCAUAAUCCAAGAGGGGCAAUGCUUAGGUCCAAUUUUUUCAGGUAGAGGGUUAAGACAAGGGGAUCAUCUUUCCCCCUAUCUUUUCAUUUUGGUUAUGGAAUGUCUAAGUGCUCUAAUUAACAGAGAAGUCCAAUCUGGGAAUCUCCAAGGGGUUUGUGUUGCAAAAGAUGCUCCUCCUAUUUCCCACUUGUUGUUCGCGGAUGAUUGUUAUAUUUUCUGUAGAGCAAACUCCUUAGAAGUAAACAUUCUAAAGUCUAUUCUCAUGGAUUUUGGUACUGCUUCUGGUCAGUCAUUGAAUCUUAUCAAGUCUUCCAUUUUCUUUAGCAAGAAUGUUGAUACCAUUUUUAAGGAAGUUAUAUAUGAUAUUCUUGGUAUAGCUGAAGGGUCUUCUUGUGGGAAAUACCUUGGGCUUCCAUCUCUUGUGGGUCGAAGAAAGAAUGAGAUAUUGGGCUUUAUAAAAGAUAAAGUGGUGGCUCAGAUCAACAGUUGGAACAACAAAUUUCUGUCAAAGGCCGAGAGGGAGAUUUUAAUAAAAAAAUGUUUUGCAAGCAAUCCCCACCUGAGCAUCUUCUUGCUUCCUCAUGAGCUAUGCAAUAAGAUUGAGGUGGCCUUGAAUGGAUUUUGGUGGACAGGUAACCAGGAGUCUAGAAAAGGCAUAAGAUGGAGAAGAUGGGACGAUCUGUGUAUGCCUAAAAAAGUAGGGGGUAUGGGAUUUCGAAAAAUUAGAGAAUUCAACACUGCCCUGCUCGGGAAGCAAGCAUGGAGGUUGAUCCAAUAUCCAAAUUCCCUCGUGUCCAGAAUUUUCAAGGCAAAGUACUUCAAAGACUCCAACUUCUUGGAUGCAAAACUGGGGAGCAGCCCCUCGUUUGUAUGGAGGAGUAUCCUUCAUAGUCAAGCAAUUAUCAAGGCAAAUUGUAGAUGGAGGGUGGGGAAUGGCAAUUCUAUUAGGAUAUGGGAAGACCCCUGGCUCCCCGAUCAGCAAUCACACUUCGUUCAAACUCCUGAACCAAUUUAUCUUCAUGAUGCAAAGGUCUCCUCACUACUGAACACACAAGGCUAUAACUGGGACACUGAGAUCCUUGAUGACUUAUUCUUGGCCAAUGAUAAAGAGCAAAUACUAAGGAUCCCAAUUCCUUCAUUACCUCAUGAUGACAAACUAAUUUGGUGCAGGGAAGAGAACGGGAAGUUCACAGUGAGUAGUUGUUAUAGAAAGCUUGUUGGAGAAAUGGAUGCACAAGAAGAUGCAAGCAGGACUCAGUUUUGGAAGCUGCCAAUUCCCCCCAAAGUCAAGAACUUUUUAUGCUUCACGAAGGAUUGUUGGAGGAAACUUAAUAUUCUCAAUGUCAAUAAUGCAAACCAGUUUCAUAAUUGGAUCAGCAACAACAUGAAAGCUCCAGACUCUAAUUUGUUAUGCCUAUUAUUGGUCACUUGUUGGAAAAUCUGGGAAACAAGAAAUCAUAAAGUUUGGAGUAACUCCCCACCGAACUAUGUUGUUGUUGUUGAUGGUGCAAGAGGAUUUCUCAAUGCUUGGUCCAACAUGCAAAUUGUUAAUUUAAAGACUGAAAACUGCCUUCACAACAGUCGUUGGCAAAAACCACCUCUUGGCUGGACAAAAAUGAAUGUUGAUGCUGCAUGCUACAAUGAACUAUGUAUUACCAGCAUGGGAUUUAUCAUCCGUGAUGCAGAGGGUAAUUGA